GAAAAAAAUAACCAGAGAGAGAAACAGAGCGAGAGACAGCCUGACCGACCUCAGUGCCACAGCAGCCUCUGUGUGCGGGUGUGUGUCUGUGUGUGUGUCUCUGUGUGUCUGUGUGUGUGUCUCUGUGUCUCUGUGUGUGUGCGGGGCUCACCCCCCGGGGUGAAGGGUUGGCCUGAGCCCCAGACAGACAGACAGACAGACAGACAGACGGGGUGUGAUGUGUGAGCUGCGGGUGCGGUGAGGCGGUGGCUGUGUGUACCUGUCCUUGCGGGACGCGGCUGUCUGUUUGCGGCAGAACAUGGCGGACCCAACGCAGAUGUUUUCAUUGUCAACUUUCCACUCGCUCUCGCCCCCGGGCUGCAGAUCUGCCCAUGACAUCAGCCUGGAGGAGUUUGAUGAUGAAGACCUCUCAGAGAUUACCGAUGACUGUGGCCUUGGUCUCAACUAUGAUUCUGAUCCCUACGACAAGGACGGGCCGCUCUUGGAGGGGAAGGCAGCGCCCCAGGCUGUGACCGAGCUGGGCUCCUUCCACGAAGACCUACAGGAAUUUGAGAUGAUUGACGACACAGACGACGCAGAGGAUAGUGAGCUCCCCUCUCCCUCUGCCUGCAGCACCCAGAGCCGCCCCACCAGCCUGAACGUCACCCCCAGCCUGCCCCACUCCCAGGAUUCUCUGAACAAUAACAAUAAUUCCAGUUAUUCUCCACGGAAAGGUAGCUGGCAGGAGGCUCUCCUCCAUACACACUCCCCAGCUGGGUGCCUGAGUUCACAUUGCUGUGUGCUGGACGGGCCUCGCAGGCACAGCACCGUGGGCCCUGGCUGUGAUGAGGAGAUGCCUCUGCGAGCGGGUGGGGGGAGCUGCAGCCCCCCGGUGCCAGCCGUGCCUGUCCAGCCCACCCAUGGCCCGAAGCUCGGCAACAGCGGGACAGUCUUACAAGAUCUCAACAUGAAUGUGGUGUCGCCAGAGUCGCGGAUCCCGGCUAAACCCUCGGCCUCUAUGCCAGGCUCGCCACCUCCACAAGAGCUGAGGGCAGUGCCAGGCCCCGCAGCCACACCACAACCACAUACGGCCAGGGAGGGCAUGACCUCAGCUACAGUUGGCAAACCCAGGCCUGACCCUGAGGCUCAGCACCAGCCCUGGCUCCCGGGCUCAGCCGGUAAACACCAGGCAAUCACCGAGCCCCCAGCCUUGCCAGGCCUGGGUCUGGAGGAUAGGUGUGGGCCUGAGCAGAUGAGGGGGCCACUGAGCGAGUACCGGGGGGACGGGGAAGUAAGCCAGGAGGACAUAUCUCUCUCCUGGGCGCCCGGGGCCGAUGCCCACUCUGUUCCCCCCGGUGAUACCAGCUACCGGCAGCCGCCCGCAUCCGCCAGUGACUCAGGUUCUCCCUCCUCCGACCCUGGCAUCGUGGCCGAUCUGACCAGCAAGAGCACCCGGCGUUUCCUGCCAGCGUUCCCAGCCAGCCAGGACAGGACCGGCUCCGACUCAGAUUCAGACUUGGAUUCUGAGCUGGGGCUGGGGGGGGAGCUGGGCGCACUGACCCGCGAGGGCACAGUCUGUAAGAUGAUCUCCUCUAUCUCGGAGACAGAGCUGGACGUGAGCAGUGAGAGCACGAGCGGCCGCUCCUCACAUCUCACCAACUCCAUCGAGGAGGCCAGCUCGCCCAGCUCCGAGGCCGACAUUGACUGGGAGACAGCCAUCAGCAGCCCCCCCGCCCGCGAGCCCCCACGCUCCGCAAAGGCACCCAUCCAUGGACCGCCACUGCCCACCACCACCUGGCACUGCCGCCUCCAGGACACUGGACAGUCCUGGCCGGGCAUCGGGGGGCAGCAAGUCACUAUCGAGGAGAGGGGCUGCCGCACAUACACUGAAGGGGGUGGCUGUCACUCAGAUACCAAGGGGCAGGGGUGUGGCUCAGACAAGAAGGGCACUGCCAGGCCCAUGUAUCUGGACAUCACCCUGAGCCGGGCUCCAAGCCCCAAAUGGCAGGAGUUGGGGGUGGGCAAGGAUGGGGUGGGCGAGGAGGCAAUGGGCGAGGACAAGGCGGAGAUGAGUGAGAUGGGGGUAGGCGAGGAGGGGGUGGCCGAGGUCAAGUUGGCGAAGGAUGGGGUGGGUGAGGAGUCAGACUGGUCAUGCUCGGAGCAGGACUCGGACAAUGAGCUGAGUGACAGCUCAGACUCACCCUGGCUUCUCACCAACAUGGUGAACACCCUGAUGUCCCAGGGCUCCCUCGCUGCCCGCAACGAGUCCUGGAUCAACACCAACUCCUUCAGCGAGACCCUGUCCCCAGCCUCCGACCUGGACAUGGAGGCAGUGGGGGUGGGGGAGCCGGGCCUGGGGCUGACCUGUAAGCCCUGCCCAGUGCCGGCUGCGGGAGUGACCCUGCAGGACGGAUGCUCGGGGGUUGAGGAGGCCAUGGCCAGUGCUUGUGCCCACACUGCCUACCUGGUGAUGGCGGAGCUGAGCGGGCAGGAGCCAUCCCCGGCAGCGCUCGCUCCCACCCACCCUGACCUGGAGGGAAGUGAGGCAGAGCUGGGCAGGGACAUCCUGAGCACACGUUCCCACCUCAACCACCAGGCCACAGCUCCAGCCUCAACCCUGAGCUUCAGGUACGAAGAGCUGAUGGAACCACCGCUUCAGGAGCCGGGCACAUCAAGCGGGCAGAGAGGCCCUGACACAGGCUUGGGCUCCGGCAACGAGCUGGAGGCUGCGCUACUUCUGGAGGAGCGGUUGAUGGAACUGAGCAAAGACUGGGGAGCCUCGCACAUGAGGGAAAGCCGGCCAGAGACAGGCAGGCUGGCUGGGAGCCUGUCCCCGGGAGUUGAGAGUGAGGACAGCGGAAGCCGCAUGGUAUCGCCAAGCCCAGAGGUGAGAGCGGCCGAGUGGUCAACCAGACACCCUCUGGACCAGUCUCUGGCCUACGAUUCAGUGAAGUACACUCUGGUGGUGGAUGAGAACACCACACUGGAGCUGGUCAGCCUAAGGCGAUGCAUGUCCCUCCUCAGCCAGGACGGGGAGGUCGCGGUGUUGGGCGAGGACGAGUUUGAGAGCUGUGAGGGUCGUCUGGAUGUCGAGAACUCCUCCGAGGAUUCUUCUCCUGAAGCUGACACUCAGUUCUCCAAGAAAUUCCUCAACGUCUUCGUCAACAGCACGUCUCGCUCUUCUAGUACUGAAUCAUUUGGCCUUUUUUCGUGCACAAUAAACGGGGAGGAGCGGGAACAAACACACCGCGCGGUGUUCCGGUUUAUACCCAGACACGGGGAUGAGGUGGAGCUGGAUGUGGAUGAUCCCCUGUAUGUGGAGGAGGAGGAGGAUGAUUACUGGUACCGAGGCUACAAUAUGAGGACAGGGGAGACUGGCAUCUUUCCUGCAUAUUACGCCCACCAAGUGGUCAGCCAAUCCAAGGAGGCCCUGGGGUUGAAGCGGACAAUCCCAUGGGUCGAGAGGUUUAAUGUACAGUUUCUGGGCUCUGUGGAGGUUCCAUCUCAUCAGGGAAACAACAUCCUUUGCAGCGCCAUGCAGAAGAUUGCCAGCGCCCGGAAGCUGACCGUUCAUGUUCACCCACCAGCGAGCUGUGAGCUGGAGGUCAGCAACCAAGGGGUUAAACUCAACCUGAACAUGGACGAGUUCAGUCCUGAAGACGAGAGUGAACGUUGCAGCCAUUUCUUCCAGAUGAAAAACAUCUCGUUUUGUGGGUGUCACCCUCGCAACAGUUGCUAUUUCGGGUUUAUCACAAAGCACCCAGUGCUGCAGCGUUUUGCGUGCCACGUCUUUGUGUCCCAGGAGACCAUGCGCCGUGUGGCUGAAUGCAUCGGACAAGCUUUCCAGGAAUAUUAUCAGGAACACCUGGAAUAUGCCUGCCCCACAGAGGACAUCUACCUGGAGUAAAUCUCCAGCCUCUGCUCCCUCGCCACCCUGCCCUCCCUUCACCUCCCCUCUCCUUGCCUUCCCCCCACCUCCACUCCCCUCGCCUCCCAUCAAUGCUUUGACCUGGGCCUUAUUUCUGUGUAAAAACCAGCCCUGGUAUCUGAGGCUCCCAGCAAAUGGAGCCAGAACCCAGCCAGCACUCCAUCCCCUCCCCCUCUCCCUGCUCCCACUCUCUCCCCGCUCUUUCUCCCCCGCUGCCUUCACCCCCGGCUGCCUGAGGGGGAAUGGGA